GUAGUGUGGUCCUGGCCGCCGCCGCCCCCACCACCACCCAUGAGGACCAUCCACACACUCGCCGCUUUCUCCACCUGCCUCGUGAAGCGACUCUCCUUGCCUGUGACCCUCCACACCAGGUGCUUGGCCAGCUGUAAGGCGGCGUAUAAGGACCACUCGUCUGCCUGGGGAAGCAAGCAACACGUGACCAAGAGGAAGAUCCAGCUGCGGAGUGUGGUGGAGAGCAUGGACCCCGAGGCCGAGACCCAGCUGGCACCACUGAGGGCCAGCUGUAAGGCUCAGGGUGACCUUGUUCGUCAGUUAAAGGCCAGUGGUGCACCAGAGGUCGAUGUCAAGCGUGAAGUGCAAGAAUUAAAAAAUCGUAAAAAGGUACUGGAAGACAUGAUACUGAAACUGAGCCCAACUGAUACAUUUGACCGAGCCAAAAUGAAUGACCUGAUCAAGAGGCGUUUCUUCUACGACAAUUCAUUUGCCAUAUAUGGUGGUAUCACAGGACAAUAUGACUAUGGACCAAUGGGAUGUGAUUUGGUAGACAAUAUGCUUGCUGAAUGGCAAAAGCAUUUUGUGAUCCAGGAGCGCAUGCUGAAGGUCAACUGCUCAAUUCUAACACCAGAGGUAGUUUUGAAGGCCUCUGGGCAUGUGGAUAAAUUUGCCGAUUAUAUGGUUAAGGAUGUAAAGACGGGGGAAUGCUUCCGCUUAGACCAUCUCAUCAAGCAGCACUUCGAAAAAAAAAUGACUGAAAAGAAGAUUACACAGGAAGAGAAAGAUGCAAUCAAUCGGAAAAUCACCUUACUUGAUGGAAUGACGAUGGAAGAGAUGGAUAGAAUAGUUAAAGAAUAUGACAUGAAGUCACCUCUGACUGGAAAUGAUCUUUCUGAUGCUGUGGAGUUCAAUCUCAUGUUCCCCAUAUGUAUUGGACCUUCAGGGCAUCUAAAGGGAUUCCUGAGACCAGAGACGGCUCAGGGUAUUUUCGUCAAUUUCAAGAGAUUACUGGAAUAUAAUCAGGGAAAACUGCCUUUUGCAUGUGCACAGGUGGGCAAUGCAUAUCGUAAUGAAAUUUCACCUCGAUCAGGUCUUCUAAGAGUGAGAGAGUUUACAAUGGCAGAGAUUGAACAUUUCUGUGAUCCUGAGGACAAGAGCCAUAAUAAGUUCAGCCAAGUUGCUGAUACAGAAAUGAUGCUGUACUCGGCUUGUGCACAGAUGGAUGGUGAAUCAUCAAAGAAAAUGACCAUUCGUGAAGCUGUCCAUGGAUUGGGGCUGGCUUCAUUGGGCCUCCUCUCGACUCCAAUGGAAGAGAGUUCUCUGGAUUUCUUCUUGAGUGAUCGGAGCUACAUUCUUGGCCACGAACCAUCCCAAGCUGAUGUGACAGCUUAUGAGACUUUGGAUCGACCCCCUCCCCAGCAUCUUGUCCAUGCAUCACGCUGGUACCAUCACCUAGACAGUUUUUCACAUAAUGAAAGGCUGAAUUUUCCUGGAAAAAGAGGUUCACUUGAAGAACUAACUGGUGGAAGACAAAAGGGUUUAGUAGCUAAUGAAACAUUAGGUUACUAUAUGGCACGUAUUCAGCAGUAUCUCGUCAAAAUUGGUAUUAAUCCGAAAAAACUACGAUUCAGGCAGCAUUUAAAUAAUGAGAUGGCACAUUAUGCAUGUGACUGCUGGGAUGCUGAAUGCCUAACCUCUUAUGGCUGGAUUGAAUGUGUAGGAUGUGCUGACAGAAGUGCCUAUGAUCUCAGCCAACAUACCAAAGGCUCAAGUGUAAAAUUGUGUGUAGAGCGUCCACUCAAGGAGCCACAAAUGGUGGACAGUGUUGUAGCUGUGCAAGACAAGGGAACCAUAGGCAAAGGUUUCAAGAAAGAAGCAAAAGCUGUGCAGGAAGCUUUAGCUGCACUGUCUUCUGAGGAAGCAGAGAAGAUGGAUAAAGUACUUAGUGAGACUGGAGAAUAUGAAUUGAAUGGCUACAAAAUAACACGAGCAAUGGUUCCCAGUUUUAAGAGAGAGCAGAAGAAAGUUCAUGUUGAGGAAGUAAUCCCCAGCGUUAUAGAACCUUCAUUUGGUGUUGGGCGUGUCUUCUAUAGUCUCCUGGAACAUUCAUUUAGAGUUCGAGAGGAGGAUGAUAAGCGAACCUUCUUUGCCUUACCAGCUGUUGUGGCACCAAUCAAGGUAUCAGUCUUGCCACUUUCUAGCAAGCCAGAAUUUGUUCCAUUUACUACCCAAUUAGCUGAUGCUCUCACCGACUUGAAUCUUCUGGUGAGAGUGGAUGACUCGACCGGAUCUAUUGGGCGACGAUAUGCACGCACAGAUGAAAUUGCUAUUCCAUUUGGCAUCACUGUUGACUUCGACACUAUUAAUAACAUCCCUCACACAGUUACUCUCAGAGAGAGAGAUAGCACUGAACAAGUUAGGAUGCCGAUUGAUGAUGUUCCAAUGACAGUGAAGAAGUUGGCUGAUGGUAAAAUGCAAUGGAAGGAAGUAACUGACAAAUGGCCAAAGUUCAUUGCACAAGAGACCACAAAAUAAGAUAUACUGUAUACUACUGUAACACUAAAAGUUGGGUAAAGUUAAUGAAGUUUAACAAAUUUAAUAAGCAGAACAAUUUAAUGAAAUUUUAGACUAUCAAGGCUCUUCAGUUUUAUGAAACAAAAUUUUAUGCUAAAUUAUAUUUUAUUGUAUUUUUUUCUCUCCAGGGAUAUUCCUGCGUGGGCCCUAAACCUCUGGCUGGUCCUAAAGUGUACUGUAAAUGUAGUUAUGUUAGUAGGGGUACAUUCACAACAGAAAUAGGAAAAAUUUAACUUGCACAGUUUAUAAAAAUUCUAAUGUAGGGAUGACUGCCUAAGAUUUAUUUAUUUCAUCCUUUUUGUAAAUGUUUAAUAAACUAAAGAUUUUAUACGUUUUCUGCAAUAUAAAUAUUGACGAUC